AUGACCGACCAAAGCGCCACUCCGCUCAUCUCGUCGACCGGCUUCCAGACGUCUACCAACGACUCUGCAUCGCCCGUCACCUUUGCAGCCAUGGCCCCUCGCCGGUCCUCCGAUCGGAUCUCGCCCAUGGUCGUCGCGGCAGGCAUCGUCGACUGGAUCAUCAUCGUGGCUGCUGGCGUCGGUGGCUACUAUCUGGGCAAUCUCACUCCGAAUAUGCGGCCCUUUCAGCUAGAGGACCCAGAUAUCUCCUUCCCGUACCGCCACCACGAGACCGUCACAUCGGGCACUCUCGUUAUCGCCACUGUCGCCGUUCCCGUCGCCACUAUCCUCGUCUUCUCCCUGCUCACGACGCCCGGCCUGUCCGUCCCGCCUGGCACACCUGCCAAGCUCGUGUGGCGCCGCAAGCUGUGGGAGUUUUACGCGUCCCUGCAGUCGUAUGCCGUCGGCAUGGUCGCCCAGUGGUUCAUCAUCAAUUUCGUCAAGAAUCUGUGCGGCAAGCCGCGACCGGACCUGAUCUCCCGCUGCCAGCCUGACCUGGCGCACCUGUCCGAGUAUAUCGUCGGUGGCAUCGCCAACAUCACGUCCAACGGCCAGCUCGUCAGCGCAUCCAUCUGCAAGAACACCGACUCCUAUGUCCUUCACGAUGGCUUCCGCAGCUACCCGUCCGGCCACAGCGGCUCAUCCGCCGCUGGUCUCGGCCACCUCGCCCUCUACCUUGCCUAUAAGCUCGGCGUCGUCUUCCCCUAUGCCGCCCCGCCUGCAUACGACCAGGUCGGCGCGCUCUCGGCCUUCCCUGACCGCGCGGCCGCCCUGGUGUCCGCUUCGUCGCGGUCGGACCCUUACGAGCUCACCGAUCGCCGUCGUGGCCCCGGCAACAGCAGCGGCGAGGCAGGCCGGUCCGCCAAGAACUACGGUGAGCUGGCACGCGACCAGGCCGUCCAUUCGGUCCGGCGCAGCGGCGCAGCUCCGCCUGUCUAUCUCCUCGUCUUCGUCCUCAUCCCCCUCGGCGGCUCUUUUUUCAUUGCCGCCUCCCGCUGGUUCAAUUACCGGCAUCACGGCUUCGAUAUCCUGUUUGGCUACUUCAUCGGCACCGUCACCAGCAUCGUCGCCUUUCGUCUGUACCAGCUGCCCAUGAGCCGUGGUGCCGGCUGGGCCUGGGGCCCGCGGUCCUCGGACAAGGCUUUCUGGGCUGGCGUUGGCAGCCAAAGCUGGGCGCUGCCCCGGCAGCCGUGGUCGUUCGCUUCCGGCGACGAAGAGGAAGGCGGCGAAUUUGCUAGUCCGGUCGGAGACUACCGCCAAUACUCGUCGCCUGAACGGUCUAAUCUCGAGCCGCGAAGAGGCGCUCCUUAG